AUAAACUGAACUAUGCCUCAACACACAUGGCUAGUGAUUGGUGGAUCAGUUAUACUUCCAAACAUUGGUGGAUUUCUUGGAGGUUUUAUCACUAGAUCUCAGAUUAAAGACUGGUUUGACAAAGGUAUUUAUUACACUAUAAAUGAACAGUUCUUAUACUGGACAGUUUUUUGUACAUGUAACUCAAACUUAAGGAGCGGUGUCACAGAAUUUAGGAAAAUUCAAAUGGUGGGAAAUGCAAAUGAAUUGAGUGAAACAUAAAACUAAACACCCAAAACAGUAGCCGUACAAGCAAAUACCAAGAAAGUGACGAACUUUGGCUUGUCAUUGUUUACUGGUAGGUAGAAAGUUAUUUUCAUGCUAAAUUUGCAGCAAAAUUGUAAAAAUGCACUUGACAAAAUCCCUGAAAUGUUUGUAAAUUGUAAACAAAGUUCCUACUAAGUGACAUUUUUAAUUUACAAAACGUUACUUUUUUCAUUUUUUUCCAACUGAUUUGGUAAACACUAAAACAACUAUCCCCCUCAAGGCCGGUGAACAGCGAGCUAGAUAUAUAGCUCGACCGUUCGCGUCUCCGUUUAUAUCCACCACUAUUUACCCCCUCUUCGGGGGAUAGUUGUAUAUUAUUAACAAAAUGAGCCAGACAACAGCAGGGUUCGCACAGUCUUGAAAAGUCCUUUAGUUUUAGGGGAAGUCCUUAAAAAGUCCUUGAAUUCCGUUUUUCCUUGAAAAAUUAAUCCUUAAAUUUCAGUGCAAGUCCUUGAAAAGUCCUUGAAUUUUCUUCAACUUUGAAUGUAGUGGCCUGGAAAGUGUUUUUUGAUGCUUUUUGGUUGUCUAAGACAGAAUAUAAAUCAUAGCUCAGAGAAUUUAAGGGUUAUUUACAUAAAGUGCUCAAUGUUUUAUGCAAUAAUUAACUAUCAGUUUGAGACAAGUGAACUGAAGAAUGUAGAGAAGUCGGUGAAGCAAACAGUUCAGGCCUAAAAGUCUUAUUAGAAUACUGGGAAUGUGUAUUUUUGUACUAUCUGUGAAAUUAUAUAUAAUUAUUCCUAGAAGGUGGUCCUUGAAAAUCUAAUGUGGUCCUUGAAAAGUCCUUGGAAAAUGGUUGCAUUUUUUUGUAUGAACCCUGAACAGUGACACAGCCUCUUUAACUCAAAUUCAACUCUACAGCUGUAAAUCAACUCAAACUUGAUAGAUACACUGUAAAUGAUCUCUUGCUGGACACAAAAUCUGUAAUAUCCUCUUUUAAGACUUGAAGAAGCCUUCCUGGAGACCACCCAACUGGCUGUUUGGUCCUAUGUGGACAUGCUUGUACUCAGGCAUGGGAUAUGCCUCAUAUCUUGUGUGGCGAGAUGGCGGUGGAUUUGAUGGUGAUGCAAAAACAGCUCUUGCUCUAUAUGGAACAAACCUAGCAUUGAACUGGCUCUGGACACCUAUUUUCUUCGGCUCCCAUAAGCUAGGAUUGGUAAGAAACAAUUAAUUUUCAUGGAAUUUUAUAAACUUAUCACCCUGGGUCAAUUUUGGGAUUGGUAAAAUGCUAACUGUCUUUGCUUUUGGAAAAAUGAAGCUGCAGCUUCCAAUACUGACGCUUUUCGUGUUAAACAGAAUGAGCCACUUUGUAUUAUUCAAAUCCAUACUUGGUUUCAAAGCUGUAAAAAAAAAAGAAAUCUCAUUGAAAUUUAGGAAUGAAUAAAUCAUUUCUUUGCUUUAUUCCCCUCUGCCUUUUAACCCAGUAUAAAUUUGGAUGACAUCUUAUUUUUCUCAUUUCCAUAUUUAUUUAUGUAUUUUGUAAUUCAGGGAAAUAGUCAGAACUAGAUGUAUUGCAUAGACAUGACCCACCACUCCAUGGGAAGUCUGGAGUUUACCGAGUCAAAAUGCAAUUCUCCAUAGUUGAUGUAGCUUCGUUUUAUGCUGCACUUGAAUCUUAUAACUUUGGAUCUGUCUCCGUGAUCAUUUUGUAUUCUGCCCUAACGACCUGGGCCCCACCAUUUCAGAAAAAAAAAGAUGCGUUUAGUUAUUUCAGAUUGGCAUAGAAUUGUCUUAAAUACUAGCAGGGUAAAGUAUAAGAUAUAAAAAACCCUGUGCAUUUUGUUCUGACAAUGCAGUGAAAAAGAACCUUCCUUCAUAAUCUACCGAGCAGAGGAAAACUUAUGGGAACAGGCACAAUGUACCGCCCUCUUUUUUCAUUCAUAUCUUAGUCUUUGAUCACGUUCUGGAGAAGUCAUGAUAGUAUCCGGGGUGUCUUGUCAUUGCAGUAGGGCUUGUUGAAUUAGAAACAACUCCUAGCCAAGAGGAAAUCUUGAGCAAUCAAAUGCUUGCGCUAGGUGUGUCCUCAUCUUGAAACGCCAACGACCGGCACCGUAUUAUUUUUGCCGGAGAAGGGUGACAUUUGAAGCAAAACACGGAUGUUUUCCCUUUUGGGAUAUGCACUUUGAGUUGGAGGUUUUCAUAAUACCGUAAUUUGUUUUAAUUAUCAGAUUUUACAGCUUAGCUCGAGACCAGGUCUCUUGCUGGAGAAAAAGAUAAAUACAGUUGAACGUCUAUAUAACGAAGUCCUUGGUAUAAUGAUUGAUUUUCUUUACCUCAGUAAUAGUAAAAUAUAUGAAAAAAAACUCAGUAUCACAAAACUUCAUUACAUAAUUUUGGUGAACACAUUUUGCCAGUCUCUUGGCCCUUUGUUAAAUCAAUGUUCUGCUGUAAUGAAUAACAGCCUGAACAAGAAAAAUUGUCAGGCAAAGCAAGCCAAGCAAGAGUCCUCCUCUUUCUUAAAUCUCUUCCCCUGUUAUUUUCCCUGGCUUAUUUCUCAGUAAGGAGCCUGGCCCCAAGCUACAGUUGAACCUCCAGUAAACAACCACCCACAAUGCAAAGACUGAGUGAUCGGUUAUGGAAGGUGGCCAUUUACAAGAAUCAAACCACAGGGGGCCUCUUCUAAGAAGAGGUUCAGGCACAUUUACUAAAUAUGGAAGAUAAAUUACGACAUUUGUAUUUCCAUAUUAAAGUUCUUCAUAUAUUCUAAGUAGCAUAGUGCACACAGAAAACCAUAGAGAUCACUGAAUGCGUUAAGUAGUCACUUACAAGAGAAUAAAAACAAUGGAAAAUCAUUAAACUUUCGCGCUCAAAAAGUGGUCGCGGUUGCUUACAGGAGCUGGUCAUUUACCAGAGGUUCUAACUUUAAGACUUUGACUGGGGAAAUUUUGGUGUAUGGGAGGUUCACGCUUACGAGAGGUGGUCACAUGGAGAUUUGACUGUAUUACAAUUGACUUUCUCUUAAUGGACACUCUCUAAGAUGGACCCCUUGGUAAAACAGACACCUAGAGUUGGUUCCUGCCUUUCUUUGCUCCCUUUAUUUGACUCUCUAUAAGACAGACGUUGUUCUUAGAUGGACACUAAGUGCUGUUCUCCAAGGUGUCUGUCUUAGAGAGAGCUGACUGUAUAGCCAAACAUGCCUCUGAAGUGCCUAUUUUUGUCAGCAAGUAACUAUUAUUUUUUGUCUUUUUUCCUGUAGGCAUUUGGUGAAAUCUGCUUAUUGUGGUUAAACAUUGCAGGAUGUGUCUACACAUUCUAUCCUAUCAACAAAGUUGCAGCAGGCUUAAUGUUGCCUUACCUAGGCUGGGUUACUCUUGCUACAGCACUAAACUACUCCAUCUGGCAAAUGAACAAGCCGGCUAUUAAAGAAGAGUGAUUAUUAUACAACUUCCACCAACAAGUUAUCAUAAAUCACUGGUGAAAGGAGCUGUAAUGGAUAGGUCUAGCCACUUGUACUGUUUAAAUAAAUGACAAAAAACAACCAAGAUCUUUUUAAGUUUAUUUUAUUCAGAGAAACUUUACUUUUUUACUCCAGUUAUUUGUAAUGCAUGUACUCUUGUUAAAAAAUUGUAAAGAUAUCGAUUUCAUUCAUAGUAAGUUUUAAUUCGUUAACUAACGAUGAGAGUGAUAAAAAUCAUUACUUGGUUGUUCAAACUUCUUAUGUAAAAACAUACUGGUAACUACCUCGCUAGUAUAAAUUUAAAAAAUAAAGAAAAAAUAACAUAAAAAUAGGGUUAAGUUUUAAGAUCAUGAUUGGAGAAAAGGAUAUGUAAAAUUUAGUAAUAAUUCAUGAUAGGUAUGGC